GGAGGGGGCAUAGAUAUAUAGGCUAGCUUGUCCUUGCUGUAAAGCUGUGAGGUAAACUGUUCCUGUGGUGUGAACAAGAAUGGUUUUUGAGUGCAGCAGCAACAGUACUUGUUGGGAAAAUUGUAACUUAGUGUGUAUUGGCCUGACUGCUGGAGGUUCAUUGAUCGUACUUGUGCUAUGCAUAGUGAUAAUUACUGCCAUCGUUUGCUGCUGCUGCUGUCUUUACCGUAGGAGGUCCAGAAGUCUCUUUUAUAGAUUGAGAUACACGCCGCUGAGGGACCCAUCCGGAUCAGUUGUUACAACAUACAACCCUGCCACAAGGAGAAACCAGGACAUAAGAUCCGGAUCUAUUUCUGAUGCUGUUGCAGAGGAAGGACUUUAUGAAGCAAUGCAGAGACAGAGAAAGGAGAGAGAAUCAACCAGAAGAGAGACUGGACUACUUAACUGCCAGUUUUAUUUGAGAUCUAAUCAGAAAUACGUAUUGGAGACUCACCUACCUGAUAUUGGUAGUAGGAUAAGUAAGUCUUGGUUCAUGGUCCGCCCCAUUUCAGGUGGCCAGUUUAAUCCUCCCUUUCUGCUGACAAUGUCGCCGAUCAGCCAACAGUGCAGGCUUAACUUACAGGGAACUGACAAACACGUCAUGAACAGAUUAUUCAGAAUAUUGGAGCAUCAAUGCAUUCACAAAAUUAUGGAAAUUGACUACAUUCCUGACAAGAGGAUUAUCGUCAUCCUGGAACCAUUCCUACAGAGAGGGUCUCUUAAAGAUCUCAUCUAUCAUACAACCCCGUCACUCCCUUGGUCUACAAAAUACUCUGUGAGGAGAUCAGGACUACGCACACAUCAAAUACAAAACUUUGGUCGCCAGAUAUUGGAAGCUGUUUUGUUUGUCCACGAAUUGGGAUUCAAACCAUUCGGACAGAUCCAGUCUGGUAAUAUAUAUCUAGAGGGAGGUCGCUGUAGGGUCUCGGGGAUUGACAAUGCAAUACUAGGAUACAAGCCUAGAGUUUCCCGCAACGUAAAAACUUAUAAAGAGAACAUAGACUCUGUCAUGUUUGGUCACUUACUCUUUGAAUUGGGUAGCGGUAAAGAGCUAUCGAACCCUGCACCGAUUGAAUCUGAUUAUAAAAAUGUAAAAAAUCAACAGGUAGUGGAGGUACUUCAGUUCAUAUUUCAGUCAAGGAUCCCUCCAACCAUUGACGAGAUUCUUCAGCUACCAUUCUUUCAAAAUGCAAGAACAUCUGUAGAUAAUCCUGAAGGAAUACGAUUAGAUGAAGAUAUAAUCGAGUUGAUCCAAAAGUCCAGAAGAUACAGGUCAAAGGGAGGGAAGGGAAGGAAAGCAUCUUCCUCCACUUAUAGCAAUGAAGGAUAUUAUCGAUCAAGUUUAUUUUCUACUACGCCUCAAGUAGCUGAUUCAACAGUCACCAGCAGUGCCGCUAAUGAGUCAUCACUACCUCCUCCUCCUCCUCCUCCUCCACCUUCCAAUACUAAUGAUAAAUCUGCUUUAUGGUCUGAUAUUCAUAAAGGGAAAACGCUGCGACCUACUGUCACUGAUGAUAGGAGUGCUCCAAUGAUUUAAAUGUUUAGCUACUACUAGUAA